CUCUCCUUUUGGUUGUGGUUGUGGGUCGGCGUAAAAUUUCAUAUUCAUGGUGGCGGAAAAAGUUGUUUACUAGACGGUAAUUGAUAUCAUUAUGAUUUUAUACACAUGUUCAGAUUUUAAAAUUGAUUUAUUAAUUAGGAUAUCAAAAAUCGGCCUACAGUUAAUCUAUUUUGAGUGAAAUAAAUAGUAGAAUAUGGGGGUUCUCUUUUCAAGAUUUCGGUCUAAACCUUCAACUAAAGAGCUUCUAGAAGAGCUUGAAAAGGAAAUAGAAGCUCUGGAGGAAUACAAAAGGAGCACUGAACUGCAGCAAAAAGCGGUUGUCCGUUCUCUGGUGUUUUAUUCCGUGCUAAUAUACAUCAUAGUAGCGGGAGUGUUCCUUUUCUAUUCUUUUCCUGUUACUACAAGAGAUCGUAUUGUAUAUUCUAUUCCACUUUUAGUUUUUCCACUUUUGUUAUAUAUUUUAAAGAAAUUUCUGCAUUGGUACUUUCUACAAAAAAUUCGUAGCAAUGAUCAGAACUUAAUUGAACUUAAGAGGAGAAAAAAAUCUUUAUUAGAAUUUGCUAUGGAAACAGAGACUUAUAAAAUUGUAAAAGAAUUAUUAGAAAGAUUUGAUCCAGAAUAUCAUAGGAAGGUAUUUGAGCCAAAGCCUGCCAUUGAAGCCCCACAACCUUCUCCAGCUAUCAAAGGCUCAUUUACUGAUAUAGAUUUGAGGAGAAGAAAUGUGUCACCUAAAGCAUCUGCUCUAAAUUUAGCUUCAUCUGGUCAAGCAACUCUUACCAUUAACAGUGCAGCAGCAGGUCAUCCAAAUAUAUUUCCUGUUAUGCCUGGAAAACCCCCUACUAACCCUCCUUACCCCCCUGCAUUUUUACAGAGAGGUGGCCAACCUUUUGUUAGACCACCUGCACCUCCUAUGCCAAGGCCUGUAUUGCCUCGGGAAAGGACCUUUGUGGAUAGGAUAGUUGAUUAUUUAGUAGGGGAUGGACCAUCAAACCGAUAUGCCUUAAUAUGUCGACAAUGCCAGUCUCACAAUGGAAUGGCUCUAAAAGAAGAAUUUGAAUUUAUAGCAUUCAGAUGUUGUUAUUGUUUCCACUGGAACCCACCAAGAAAUCAACAGCCUCCUCCUCCAAGAUUGUCUUUGCCUGCUCCAAGUGCUCCUGCAAUUACAGAAGCUACAUCUGAGAUUUCUUCUAGCAGUGAAGACACUGAAAUUGAGAACUUGAGUGAUGCUGAUAUAAGCGCCAGCCCUAACACUUCCAAAAAAAGCAGUGUUGACAGUACAAAAGAUGUGUCCAUGCAACAGAGGCUAAGUGUAGGGUCUGAAAAUGAGAUCCAAGCAAAUUUAGAAGAAGAUAGACCUUUUAUUCCCUCAGACUCUAAUGAAAGAAACAGAGAAGACUGUGUAAAAUGUGAUGAUUCAUCUUGAAAUAGAAUACUGUCUUUCACUGCUAGCCUGCAAGAAUUGUAUAAAAAUUAUUUUUCUAAAAUAUAUGUAAAAAUUUGCCCUGUGCUUGUUUUUACUGACAUAAUUUUUUUUUUUUUUUUUUUUUUUUGCUUUAAAGGCACUUGCUGACUUGGAUGACUGAUAAGAAAAUAAUUUUUUUACAAAGUGAACAAUAUGUUUCCAGCAAAUAUAUUAUUUUUGUCAUCAAAAGCUUUUAUUACAGUGCAGUUUAAAUACUUUUUCUAGUAUUUAUGGUAUAUAUAAUAUACCUAAGAUAUUUAAUAUUAAUAUUUAUAUUAAGAGUCAUAUAUUUAUUCAAAUGUGUUUAACAGAAUAUUUUUUGUCUGCAGAUUUGAUUGCAGUUAUACAAUGUAAAUAUUCUGCAUAGUAUAUGAAAUUUUAAGCCCAUAAAUUAUAUUCACAGUAUUAAUGAAGUUCAGAAACAAUCCCAGAAUGUUAAUUGUGAAAAAAAGCAUUAAAUGUUCUUGUUUUUUCGCACAUAAAACUAUAUAUGCAUCUGUAUUGCAUUGUUAUGGGAUCAGAUAAUGCAUGUAAAAUUGCUUUAUUUUGAUGUAUUUGCAUGAAAUGCAUUAUUAAUUCAGAUUGAAAGGAACUUUAUCACACGUGUAUUAAAAAUGUAAAUAAUUUUCAGUUAUGUGUAAAGAAUCUUUUUAAAAUUAUUUAAUAAAUUAGAUGAAUUAAUAACUCUGCAGGCCCAGAGCAUGUUAAUAAUGAGCCUUUAGUCUUAUUUUUUAGACAGCACAAAAGUUUAAAUUUCUGAGUAUCUUAACAAGUUUGUAUGUGGUUGUCUAUAUUCAUUCAUAUUCAGUGAUUUCUUGGUAAUAUUAGUUCAUGAUGAUGUUAUUGUAUUAAAGUUAAUAAUACAUUCAUCAGAUUCAUGAUACAUAUUAUCAUUUAAAAGAGGAUAGAUACUUUAGACUUCAAAAAAGUAUUUUUUUAAGGAAACUUGAAAAUAUCUUUCUCUCUCUUAUUACACAUUAUGAAGUCUUUUUAAAUUGUUAUAAACAUAGGUUAGAUGGUGUAUAAUUUUAAAUUAGAUUGCUUUUCAGAAUGUAAUUUCAAAUUAAAGCAUUUUUUAGUAAUCUUAACUGUAGAAUUGUUUGAAAAGCAUAUCUUAAUUUCAAAUAUUUCAAAUUGGGGAAUUUGUAAACCAAGAGAUCACUGUUUGUUUUAUUCAAUUAAAGCAGUUGUGUACUAUAAUUGGAUGAACUGAUAGAAUAGCUAGCACUUUGUAUUUCUCAUAUUAUUUUUGACAGACAGUUUCCUUGUAAAUUUUUCAUUUAGGAAUAUCAACAUUAUUAUAUUGCCAUAACUGAAGUUGAGCAUUAUUUAUUAUGAUAGUGAGUUGCCAUUCAUGAAAGAAGUACUUAUAUCUUAAUGAUUUUCUCUCCCAGCUUUUGCCUUAGUGUUACAAAUCAUACAUUGUUUCUUUUGUGAUAGUGUAAAUAUUAGUCAAAUAUAGUAUAAAAUACUGACAUAUUGUUUACUCUGCACAAUUACAGAGUUAAAACAAGUUAUUUAAAUUAAGCUAAAUAUUUGUGGCUUUCUGUACACAGUAUCCUAUUAGGUUGUUAAAAUUUGAAAUUGUUUUAAGGAGUUUUUUCAAUGUAUGUAUUUGGGAGUGUUAAAAUCAUAUCUGUUUUAGUUUCCCAAAUUCACAAUUGCUCAAAUUCCACUAUAGUCAUCUAAUUGAUUUUAAUAACUUUGUCUGGUAUUAAUAUAUUUGUUGCGUGCAAUGUCUGUUAAUUUAUGAGGGAAAAAAUAAAAACACAGUUGCAGAAAUCUGA